AUGACGGAUUCGGCGCGCUGGAAGGCCACGGUCCAUGUCAGCGGCCUCGCGACAGUCGCGACGGUUGCGACACUACACGAUGCAUUCUUACCCUUUGGCGACAUCGCAGACGUCACCCUUCCAAAGAACGAAAACCCAAACUCGAGGGAUUCGGAGCCACAUCGCGGAUUCGCCUACGUCGAAUUCGAAAAUGCGGACGACGCGAAAGAGGCAAUAGACAACAUGGACCAGUCCGAGUUCUUUGGGCGGGUCAUCAAAGUUACGGCAGCCAAAAUACCCAAGAGUGCUGACGAGGGACUGGGGAGUAAAAAGGCAGUCUGGGAGCAGGAGAGCUGGCUCGCAAAACACGCAGUCAGCGAUGAGGAUAGACUGGCCGCAGAACAAGUCCAAGGCAGUGCAGAUACGAGAGUCGAGGACCCAAUGCAAGGGCUUGAGGGCUUGGACGUCGCGGGUCCCCGCCCGGCCUAG